GGUAAAGCCCAUAUUUUGAAUUUGUUUGAUGGUGGAAUCUUUUCAUUUCUUCUGAUUGAGCAUGGAAAUGGGAUCUACAUUGGGGCACAGGAAUGGAACUGGUGAACAUGGAAGGCGAAGGAGGGAUUAUUAUACACUUUUUGCUUUUGAUUUUUUGCGCCCUCGGUUUUGUGGUUUGUUGCCCUUCAUUGGUUCCUUUCACUUUUCUUUUUCUCACUCCCUUUCUCAUUCCCAAUCCUUUUCCCUCUGCGGUCACCUUUCGCAUAUUUAUCUCGCGCCGUUGAUCAAGCUAUGUGCUGUCGCUUUCUUUUCCUCUCUUUUUUUUUCUUCUUUCCAUUUCCGUUCUUUCCCUUCUCGUUUUCGACGGGUCUAGGUCGCUCAUGGUGUGGUAGAGUUUCUUCCAAUAGGGAGAAAAAGUUGAGAUGUUUUGCUUAGAUUGCAGAGUGAAGUGGCCAGAGUUGAAACUCGCUAAAGUCACCCGCAUGCGGGUAAUUAGGCUACGAUAUCCUGAUGUUUUUGUUUAUGAUACCGUAGAGAGCUGUCUCAAAUCUGUACUUAUUAGUAAUCCGCGGAAUGUUUGGGCUCUGUGCUCAACCAGAGCGUUCUACUUU